AGCGAGCGAGUGAGCGCGGAGCCGGGCGGCUUGGGAAGGAGCCGGAGCCGGAGCCGGAGCGGGAGCCGGAGCGAACAGGAGGCAGCGGGCAGAGAGCGAGCCCGCGAGUGAGCAGCUGCUCCUACCAGGCGGACUGGGGGCCUGCACCUAGGAAGCAGGAUGAAAAGAUGGCAAACUUCUUGUUACCUCGGGGCACCAACAGCUUCCGCCGGUUCACUCGAGAAUCCUUGGCAGCCAUUGAGAAGCAGAUUGCAGAGAAGCAGGCCCAGAGCGUCACACAGGAGAGCCGGGACACACCGACUGAGGAGGAGAAGCCUCGGCCCCAGCUGGACUUGCAGGCAUCCAAGAAGCUGCCGGACCUCUAUGGCAACCCACCCCGAGACCUCAUUGGAGAGCCCCUGGAGGACUUGGACCCCUUCUACAGCACUCAAAAGACCUUCAUCGUACUGAACAAAGGGAAAACCAUCUUCCGAUUUAGUGCCACAAAUGCCUUGUACAUCCUCAGCCCCUUCCACCCCAUCCGGAGAGCAGCAGUUAAAAUCUUGGUUCAUUCUCUGUUCAGUAUGUUUAUCAUGUGUACCAUUUUAACCAACUGUGUGUUCAUGGCUCAACAUGAGCCCCCGCCAUGGACCAAGUAUGUUGAGUACACUUUUACAGCCAUUUAUACCUUUGAGUCAUUGGUAAAAAUAUUGGCGAGAGGAUUUUGUCUAAAUGCAUUCACCUUUCUCCGAGACCCAUGGAACUGGCUAGAUUUCAGCGUGAUUGUCAUGGCAUACACCACUGAAUUUGUGGACCUGGGCAAUGUCUCAGCCUUACGAACCUUCCGAGUCCUCCGGGCCCUGAAAACUAUAUCGGUCAUUUCAGGCCUGAAGACCAUUGUGGGGGCCUUGAUCCAGUCAGUAAAGAAGCUGGCAGAUGUGAUGGUCCUCACUGUGUUCUGCCUGAGUGUGUUUGCCCUCAUAGGUCUCCAGCUCUUCAUGGGCAAUUUGCGGAACAAGUGUGUCCGGAACUUUGUGAUCCUGAAUGGGACCAAUGGCACGGUCGUGUCUGAGGGUCAAAUCUGGGAGUCGGUAGAGGAAUACAUCAGCAGCCCAGAAAACUAUUUGCUGAAGAAUGGAACCUCGGACGUGCUGCUAUGUGGGAACAGUUCAGAUGCGGGGACAUGUCCAGAGGGCUACCAGUGCCUGAAGGCCGGAGAAAACCCUGACCACGGCUACACCAGCUUUGACUCUUUUGGCUGGGCCUUCCUUGCCCUAUUCCGCCUGAUGACUCAAGACUGUUGGGAGCGUCUCUACCAGCAGACACUGAGGUCAGCCGGGAAGAUCUACAUGAUCUUCUUCAUGCUGGUCAUCUUCCUGGGCUCCUUCUACCUGGUAAACCUGAUUCUGGCUGUGGUGGCCAUGGCCUACGAGGAGCAGAACCAGGCCACGAUUGCUGAGACCGAGGAGAAGGAGAAGCGUUUCCAGGAGGCCAUGGAGAUGCUGAAGAAGGAGCAUGAGGCUCUCACCGCCAGGGGCAUGGACACCAUGUCCAGGAGUUCAUUUGAGAUGUCUCCCCUUGCCCCAAAGACAGCACCAGACAAGAGGAGCAGGAGAAGAAAGAGACAGUCCUCAGGGACAGAGGACUGUGGGGAAGACAGAUUCCCCAAAUCAGAGUCAGACGAUGGCCCUCGGAGAAUGACCCUUCUAGGCAUCAAUCACGGCCCCCACAGGAAUUCCCUAAAGCGCCGGUCCAGUCACGGCAGCGUCUUCACCUUCCGCCGGAGGGACCUGGGCUCAGAGACAGACUUCGCUGACGAUGAGAUCAGCACUCCCGGGGAGAGUGAGAGUCACCGGGCAUCCCUCCUGGUGCCCUGGCCUGCUCGGCGGCCCAGCGCCCAAAGCCAGGCCAGCCCGGGAGGCCCCCUCGCCCCCAACUUCAUACACAAUGGCAAGAGGAACAGUGCUGUGGACUGCAAUGGCGUGGUCUCCCUCUUGGCCACGGGGGUCCCGGAGGCCACAUCCCCUGGGGGCAGCCUACUGUCUCCCGUGAUUCUGGAGAAGCCCCGACCUCCAGACACGACCUCCGUGUCAGAAGAAGUCAGUAAGAAGCAGCUCCUGAUGCCCCAGCGCCUCUCUCUGGAAUACUUCGAGGAGCCACAUGAACGGCAGCGGGCCUUAAGUGCCGUCAGCGUCAUCACCAGUGCCCUGGAAGAGCUGGAGGAGUCACACCGGAAGUGUCCCCCCUGCUGGAACCGCUUUGCUCAGAAUUAUCUGAUCUGGGAGUGCUGCCCACUGUGGCUGACCAUCAAGAAGAACGUCAAGUGCGUCGUGAUGGACCCUUUCACCGACCUCACCAUCACCAUCUGCAUCGUGCUCAACACCCUGUUCAUGGCGCUCGAGCAUUACAACAUGACCCCUGAUUUUGAGGAGAUGCUCCAGGUUGGCAACCUGGUGUUCACCGGCAUCUUCACAGCAGAAAUGACCUUCAAGAUCAUUGCCCUGGACCCUUACUACUACUUCCAACAGGGCUGGAACAUCUUUGACAGCAUUAUUGUCGUUCUGAGCCUCAUGGAGCUGGGCCUGUCCCGCAUGGGGAACCUAUCGGUGCUGCGCUCCUUCCGACUGCUGAGGGUCUUCAAACUGGCCAAGUCCUGGCCCACCCUGAACACCCUCAUCAAGAUCAUUGGCAAUUCGGUGGGGGCACUGGGGAACCUGACUCUUGUACUGGCAAUCAUCGUCUUCAUCUUCGCCGUGGUGGGCAUGCAGCUGUUUGGGAAGAACUACUCAGAGGAGAGGCACCGCAUCAGCAGCUCAGGCCUGCUGCCCCGCUGGCACAUGAUGGACUUCUUCCACGCCUUCCUCAUCAUCUUUCGGAUUCUCUGCGGGGAGUGGAUAGAGACCAUGUGGGACUGCAUGGAGGUGUCCGGCCAGUCCCUGUGCCUCCUCGUCUUCCUCCUCGUGAUGGUCAUUGGCAACCUGGUGGUCCUGAAUCUGUUCUUGGCCUUGCUGCUCAGUUCCUUUAGCGCAGACAACCUGACUGCCCCAGAUGAGGAUGGGGAGAUGAACAAUCUGCAGCUGGCCCUGGCCCGGAUUCAGAGGGGCCUUCGUUUUGUCAAGCGAACCACCUGGGACUUCUGCUGCAGCCUACUCAAACGGCCCCGAGACAUGGCCACCAGGAAGAAAGCCACAGGCAUGCCAGCAGUGCCCCCAGCCCCCAGUGGCCUGCCCAGCUGCGUGGCCAGCCACGGCUCCACUGAGCUGGAGAAGGUACCCGACACCACCCGCAAGGAGACAAGGUUUGAUGAGAAGGAGCAGGCUGACCUGAGCCACAAGGAUGCAGGCAGGGAACCAGGGGACUUCACCGGGGACCCUGAGUCAUCUGUGCACGUGCCCAUUGCUGUGGCCGAGUCAGACAUCGAGGAUCAUGAGGAGGAUGAGGACAACAGCCUAGGAACGGAGAUGGAGUCCAGCAAACAGCAGAGACAUGAUGAUGACACCUACUCUGAGGGCAGCACGGCGGACAUGACCAACACCGCCGACCUCCUGGAGAAGAUCGCGGACCUUGGGGAGGAUGUUAAGGACCCUGAGGAUUGCUUCACCGAGGGCUGUGUCCGGCGCUGUCCCUGCUGCACAGUGGACACAACACAGUUUCCUGGCAAGGUCUGGUGGAGGCUCCGGAAAACCUGCUACCGCAUCGUAGAGCACAGCUGGUUCGAGAGCUUCAUCAUCUUCAUGAUUUUGCUGAGCAGCGGUGCCCUGGCCUUUGAAGACAUCUACCUGGAGGAGCGCAAGACCAUCAAGGUCCUCCUGGAGUACGCCGACAAGAUGUUCACCUACAUCUUUGUCCUUGAGAUGCUGCUCAAGUGGGUGGCCUAUGGCUUUAAGAAGUAUUUCACCAAUGCUUGGUGCUGGCUGGACUUCCUCAUCGUGGAUGUCUCGCUAAUAAGCCUCGUGGCAAAUACACUAGGCUUUGCAGAAAUGGGUCCCAUCAAGUCGCUGCGGACGCUACGUGCGCUGAGGCCCCUGAGAGCCCUGUCACGAUUCGAAGGCAUGAGGGUUGUAGUCAAUGCCCUGGUUGGUGCCAUCCCUUCCAUCAUGAAUGUCCUGCUCGUCUGCCUCAUCUUCUGGCUCAUCUUCAGCAUCAUGGGGGUGAACCUUUUUGCUGGGAAGUUUGGAAGGUGUAUCAACCAAACAGAGGGAGACUUGCCCUUGAACUACACCUUUGUGAACAACAAAAGUGAGUGUGAGCUGCACAACAGUACUGGAGAAUUGUACUGGAUCAAAGUGAAAGUCAACUUUGACAACGUUGGAGCCGGUUACUUGGCCCUACUGCAAGUGGCAACAUUUAAAGGUUGGAUGGACAUCAUGUAUGCUGCCGUGGACUCCAGAGGGUGUGAAGAACAGCCUCAGUGGGAGUACAACCUAUACAUGUACCUCUACUUUGUGAUUUUCAUCAUCUUUGGAUCUUUCUUCACCCUGAACCUCUUUAUCGGUGUUAUCAUUGACAAUUUCAACCAACAAAAGAAAAAGUUAGGGGGGCAAGACAUCUUCAUGACAGAGGAACAGAAGAAGUAUUACAAUGCAAUGAAAAAGCUCGGGUCCAAGAAGCCUCAGAAACCAAUCCCACGGCCCCUGAACAAAUACCAAGGCUUCAUCUUCGACAUCGUCACCAAGCAGGCCUUCGACGUCACCAUCAUGUUCCUCAUCUGCCUGAACAUGGUGACCAUGAUGGUAGAAACAGAUGACCAGAGCCCGGAGAAAAUCAGCAUCCUGGCCAAGAUCAACCUGCUGUUCGUGGGCAUCUUCACGGGCGAGUGCCUCAUCAAGGUCAUCGCCCUGCGCCACUACUACUUUACCAACAGCUGGAACAUCUUUGACUUUGUGGUCGUGAUCCUCUCCAUCGCUGGAACUGUACUCUCAGACAUCAUCCAGAAGUACUUUUUUUCACCGACACUCUUCAGAGUCAUCCGCCUGGCCCGGAUUGGCCGCAUCCUCCGGUUGAUCCGAGGGGCCAAGGGGAUUCGCACACUGCUCUUUGCCCUCAUGAUGUCCCUCCCUGCCCUCUUCAACAUCGGCCUGCUGCUCUUCCUGGUCAUGUUCAUCUACUCCAUCUUCGGCAUGGCCAACUUUGCCUAUGUGAAGUGGGAGGCUGGGAUCGAUGACAUGUUCAAUUUCCAGACGUUUGCCAACAGCAUGCUCUGCCUCUUCCAGAUCACCACGUCCGCUGGCUGGGACGGGCUCCUCAGCCCCAUCCUCAACACCGGGCCCCCGUACUGUGACCCUAACCUGCCGAACAUCAACAACUCCCGGGGAAACUGUGGGAGCCCAGCCGUGGGCAUCCUCUUCUUUGUCACCUACAUCAUCAUCUCCUUCCUCAUCGUGGUUAAUAUGUACAUAGCCAUCAUCCUCGAGAACUUUAGCGUGGCCACUGAGGAGAGCACGGAACCACUAAGUGAGGAUGAUUUCGACAUGUUCUAUGAGAUCUGGGAGAAGUUCGACCCAGAGGCCACUCAGUUCAUCGAGUACUCGGCCCUGUCGGACUUUGCAGAUGCCUUGUCUGACCCUCUGCGCAUUGCCAAGCCCAACCAGAUCAGCCUCAUCAACAUGGACCUGCCCAUGGUCAGUGGGGACCGCAUUCACUGCAUGGACAUCCUCUUUGCCUUCACCAAGCGGGUCCUGGGAGAGUCUGGGGAGAUGGAUGCCCUGAAGAUCCAGAUGGAGGAGAAGUUCAUGGCAGCCAACCCCUCCAAGAUCUCCUAUGAGCCCAUCACCACCACACUCCGGCGCAAGCACGAAGAGGUGUCCGCCAUGGUCAUCCAGCGGGCAUUCCGAAGACACCUGCUGCAAAGGUCCGUGAAACAUGCCUCCUUCCUCUACCGUCAGCAGACCAGCGAUGGGACACUUUCUGGGGACGAUGCCCCUGAGCAGGAGGGCCUCAUUGCCUACAUGAUGAAUGAGAACUUCUCCCGGCGUUUGGGCCCAUCAGACUCUGUCUCCUCCACGUCCCUCCCACCAUCCUAUGAUAGCGUCACCAGAGCCACAAGUGACAACAUCCAGGCUCGAAUGUCCGAGUACAGCCAGACGGAUGACUUUGUGGACUAUCCCACGUCCCCAGACAGAGAUCGGGAGUCCAUCGUGUGAGGCCCUCCUCCCCACAUCCCUACCUCCCUGCCCACACAGCUGGGAAAAAGUAAACACAAUCCUCUCCUGCCAUGACAAUCAAUCAAGGCACCUUCUUCCUGAGUGUUUGUGACAAAAUCAGCUUCCACAGAUUUCCUUCUUUUGGCUCCCAGGGAUAAACGAUGCCCUUUGACUCCGCCCCCUCGAAUCCGCUCCCUGGUGAUAGAGCUGCGUAAGCACAGGGCGUACUAUGGUCGGCCCGUGGGCGGACGGCGCCCCAGGGUGGGAAGGCAGUCUCAGUGCCUGCAGGCCAUCGCCCCGACCGAAGUCAGGCUAACGAAGCGGCCACCCUCACCUUGGGUUUUGAGAAACGUCUCAACUCUAGCUGCUGUAGCACAAUGGGGAUUCCCUUCCUACAUAUGUAUGGGCUUUCAUAAAUUUGUUAUAUUUGAUAUUUUUUUACUUCAACAAAUAAUGGUCCCCUCCCCCACCUCUACCCCUCCCUGGAAGUGAUGCUAACUCAAGCCGCCCCUUCCAGUCUCCGAGCUCAAGUGACUUCUUCCUUCUGAGUUGCCAGACCAAGAUGGAAAACUGCAAAGGACAGCUCUGCUCAAUGCGCGGGGCUCUCCCCAAGGAGACAGAGACUCUGGGGAUUUCUGGCUCCUCAGGCUUCGUGGCACCACGUGGUCACUGGCUCGGCUGACAACAAGACAGACGUGUGGACGGGGCAGCAGCCACAUCGCGCCCCAGUCUGCCAGGCCCUCAGCAAAGCCGGGUUCUCCUUCCCCCCACUAAGGGAGUCAAGUUCAAAGUCGCAGGGCAAGUGAGUGGCCCAGCUGGGAGGAGAGGCCCGGGCCCUGUUUUUUUCUCUGCAGCUGAAUUUCUGCUUGAUGAGCAGCAAGCUACUCCCUCCGGCUGGGCCUCCGUCUCCUUAGCUAAAGAAUGAAGGAGCUGGACAAUUUCCCUUCAGAGCUCUCUCAUGACUUUCCUCCUGGCCAGAAGCAGAAGAGGACCCCUAUUCCUUUAUCAUCAAAAGUACAAAGAAAUCCCUCUGAAAGAGGGACCUGGAGGGUCUCACCUUGUCCUUCCAGAAGUAAGCUCCUCUCUCACAUAAGAGUAUUAAAAACAAAUACAACCAAAACACAAUGACAGUCACAGGCACUUUGGAGGACCCCAUCUGCCUCUUCCUGGAGGCCGGCAGGCCAUGUGGCAUUAGGGAAGGCAAGAAGCAUUGACUGAGAUGCACAGUUGUGGCUUGGCGGGUGAGGAAGGUGGCUCCAACUCACACCAGACCAGAAUUGGCUUGGCUUGUUUGUUGUGUCAAAACAGCCUUGGAGUCUGGCCAACAAGCACCAGUCUUUGUUAAGGAGAUGGUCUGUUUAACCUUGGACUCUUGUUUUAGGGGAGAGUGGGAGCCUCCAACGGUCAAAGCCAAGGGUGGGGAGUCAGGCACUGCCUGAGGCUACUGCCCAGAGCCAUUGACUGACGAGGGCUGGCUUUGUGUGUAAGGGUGUGGGGGUGGUACAGGAUUCCUGUUGGCUUCAGCUCAGAGAUGGAAAUUCUGGGUGCUGACAUCAGAGCCCCACAUCUCUUCCUGAAAAAUAAAGCCUCUGACCCCAAGAGAACAUACACAGCCACAAUGGAUUUCAGAGUGGUUGGGUGGAAGAGACAAAGGAAGGACACAUUUGGCCGUGUCUGAGGUCUCCCUUUGACCCUAUGGAAAGCAAGCCUCCUCUUUUCCCACCUGUUCAAGCUUCCGCCUUGGGGUUCAGGAGGUCUGCCCAGAGAAUGGGUGCAUUAUGAGGAAAAGUAGCCAUUUGCUCUCCAUUGGGGGAAAUGGAGGUAGCAGGAACACAUCUACCCCAGGCCACAGCUGCUUUUGGGUCAUAGCCCGAGUUCCUGAGUGAGGCAGGCAGAAUCCACGUUGGGGCUGACAGCAAGAGGCCCAUGGAUGAAGGAUUUUUCAGGGAAAAACAAUAUCUUUUUAUAAUCCUUGAGACCCAAACACCUCCUGACCAUGCAGAUGUAAAACCCCACACAUCUGCAUACCCCACUUGUGUUUCUAAACACACACACACACACACACACACACACAUAUAGAGAUAAGUGACCUAGAUCAGUAACACACCUAGGUGGCUUUUACACAUCAUCUUUACACAGCCAGGGGAGACUUGGCCCAGUGCCCCUUGAUCUGGGCCUGUGUCUAGCAGCCAAAUUAGUGUGUGAAGUUGGGCAAGUCACUUUAAUCUCUCUGUGCCUCAGUUGGACCCACAUGAAAAAUGGGUUUAAUGAUACCUACCUCUCACAGGUGUUGACAGAGCGAAUGUCUGCAAAGCUUUGGGUGAGCUCAAAUGAAUGGCACUACAGGAGUGUAAAGUAUUAUUUCUCCUCACUUUCUCAAGAUGUUUCCAUGGCACCCCCCCAUCUCCUCUGUACCCUGCACCCUUCUCCACCCCAUUCCCGAGUCCUCCCAUCCCUCCCCUUCCCAUGAGUUCCAAUCUCCUUCUGAAUCUAGAGCAAAGCUAGAUUUCACCAAGUAAUGGCUCCCACGAUGUUUCUGAGUGGAAACCUUAUUUUUAUAUCAGCGAAUUUGACUCUUCCAGACUUCCCUGAUGUGAGAGCCAUUGUUUUGUACCCUUGGGGGAUGUGGAUUGUCCACGUCAGCCCCUGUGGCUUCAUCUGUGCCUGUGAGGAUGGACUCCUCGGUGGGCACACUGACUAUGACCUAGCGCCCUUAGGAUGGUUUCUCAGCCUGAACGGACAGGGAGUGGCCCAGCCCCAGAAGGCUGGGGAUGCAGCGUGCUUCUGUCCACAGUCUGGGACAAACAGAACCAGACUACUUAGCUUAUCAUACUACUCCUGGCAUUUUCAUUUCAGAAUUGCACAGUGAAUGGGGA